AUGAAAACUGAAAUACUGCUGGUGCCUCGUUUGGGCAGUGAACUUUAUCACGACCGUCCCUUCCCCAGCCCGGAGUGUGGAGAGCAAUUUGCCAUGGCCUCCCAUGCCCUAUCUCACCAGUGCGUGUACUGCGGUGAGGCAUUUGACAGCUCGUGGGGGUUGCGGCAGCACUGGUGUGCCCACGCCGGUGAGCGGCUGCUCCCACUGCAGCAAAAGCGCUCGGGGGCUGUCGAAUUCAACAUGCAGAAAGCUUCAAAGGUGAAGGCAAAGCGACCCACUGGUGAAACCUUGGAAGACCGCGGGAGUGCGGGUAGCGGGUGCCCACCUAUUUCACCUGUACCGUCGUUAGCAGGAGGGCUAGCGACUGCAGACACGUUGCCUUUGAGCAUCAUCACUUCUAAGUCUGCUAGGCCCAUAGACUCGAAAUCGAGCCAGGAGGAUUCUCCUCCGCAAAGGGAGACCGUUUUUACAUGGUUAUCCCAAAUAGAGCUCCUGAUGGAGAGGAUGCUCGAAAAGGAUACACUCCAUGAGGAGGAGUGGUGUCCAUGCUGGGCUGUUGGAGAGUCUGUGCCCGCAGCGCCUGGAAUAGGGCUGCUUAAUCGCUCCCUCAUGGAGGAGGAGAGUUUGACGGGUCAGGGAUACACUGAUGCCGAGUCAGUGGGUGAGCAGAGCCCAAGGGGUGAAGGGCAUGAGAUUGGAAUACCAAAUCUGGCAGUAAAAUUUGCUAUCCCCAGAGAGGCAGGGGAGCCAUUGGGUGAGGAGUUAGCCACAAGGAUUAACUAUUUACUCUCCCAUCAGCUCCAAGAGCUGACAAUGGAUGAUACCGCUAAGAGAUAUGAAACCCUGGUUAAUUGUGGCUUACUGAAAGUACCGGUGGUUAACCAUGUCAUAUGGGGCCAAAUGGGAAUUGGUGUUCGGGCACAAGAGGUAAAACUCCAGUGGGUGCUGAAGUUGCUUGCUGCAGGCAUUAUUGCGUUCGCCAGAACGGUGGACGAUGGGCCCCUGUCUGAAGCACAACAGGAUGCCUUAGGCCUUCUGUGCAGUGCACAUUUUGAAGUGAACUGUCUGAGGAAAAGUGCCAUUCACCCUAAAUUUGCAGCGCUGUGCAAGCCCAGCAAUGUUCAACUGCCAAAUCUGCUGUUUGGGGAGGACCUCGCAAAGCGAGUAAAGGAGCUGGAUGAUGAGGCUAAAACAGUGGGGUUAAUCAAAGCGCCGAUGGGCGGCAAAAUGGUUCGGAGGCAGUUCCCCUACCGACGGGGUGCAAUGACCGGGGCUGGGGAAGGAACAAGCCGUUUAUUCCCGAAUAUGCGCAGCUGGCGCUCUGCUCCAGGCACACGGGCAAACAUGAACUUUCCCACGAGGAGCUGGGGGCAACAAGUUCCACCGGUAACCAUGCAGCAUGAUCCAAGGCGGACACUCAGUUUCUCACACGAAGAGAAUAUGGAGGUACAGGCAGCUGCCGGAGUGGCCGUUGUAGCAGGAGGGCCCCCUGCGACCAUCCAGGUGUAUGCUCCGUGGAAACCAAACGAUAUGUUGAUAAUCCUGAAUGGGGCACCAGACAAAGUCAAGUGCCCAGGACGAUUUGUCGAGUUCAUCGGCAACAUGUUGGACGCCUACCAAGCCGUCUCUUUAGACGCCUGUAGUCUGGUCAGACAAUCCCUUAAUCGAAUGCAGUGGGGCAAGUUCCUCGCCCAGCUGGGGUACAAUAACCACGCUGCUAUGGAAGCCGUGCACCCGGGAGUUGCCGGAGAUGAACAGCGGAAGACCCUACUCCUGGCGGCCCUCGAAGCGACCCUGAGAAAACCUAUUGACUUGCCCAAGGUACUGGAUCAGAAACCCAAGCGAAAUGAGGACCCCGAGGACUUCUUGGAAAGAUUUAAAGAUGUGUAUGGCUCGCAUGCUGGGGACCAGAACUUUAACACCGGUCAGCAAUCUCCCCAGUUCUGUGCUACACUAAUGCUCUGCUUGCCCGACGGCGUCGGUACCAGCGUUAAGACUAAUAAUCUAAAUUGGACCGGCAUGACCACCCCUGAUAUGUGCCGCGCCGUAUGUGCAUUAUGGAAGAGAGGAAAAGCUGGGGAUCCACCAGCAAAGGUAAAGACGGAAUAUGUUAUCACCCGAGAGCAGCCGCCAAAACCCAAAGGACCUCCGCACGCGGAGACUCGAGGAUACCAGAAGGAGCACCAGUCCUGCGUUCCGGCAAAGGUCACGUACGCCGAGAUUGUCCAAGCGAUAAUCAGCAAGGAGAAAGACGAGGAAGUGAGAGAGGACACCCAAACCAGGGACAAUACGGACAACCUGAACAGCAAGGCCAACAAGGACCCCGAGGAGGGUACCCAGCAAUUCUUUGGGCCCCAUGAGGGCAGUCAGUGGACCAUCACCGAGUUGGCUACCGUAACCGGUCGGGAAGGAGAAGCGUUGGCCGUGUCGAUAUCUAUGUCCAACUGGAGGCAAAGUCCUGGCAUCGCACCUCAUCUUACGCUAAAAGUAUACUUUCCAUAUACCGCCAAAGACCUCGGACCAAUGGUUUUUCAGGCCUUGAAGGGAUCAGAUGAAAAUACCCAAGGCCCCCAGCAAGUUACCUCCGAUCUGUCCAUUACCUAUUCACCCACCCGACCUACUCAGGAGGGUACCUUGAGACACCAUAAGGGCCGAGAUAUUGUGGAAUUUACUGAUCCGGAAGUAUGGGCGGAUGAUCAGACUCAAGUAGGACUUACAAAUGUUGAACCAGUCCUAGUGAAGGUCAAGCCCGGUGUAGCCAUGCCAUCUAUACAACAAUAUCCCUUGAAAGUCCAGGCCGUACCCUGUAUCGACGUGUUACUCAAAGGACUAUUGAAGCAAGGUAUCUUGAUCACCUGCCAGUCCUGCUGCAACACACCAAUUCUCGCAGUCCCAAAACCAGGAAAACCGAAUCAGUAUCGUCUAGUCCAGGACCUGCGGGCCAUCAAUGCCAUAGUACAACCAUUACAUGCUCUUGUUCCUAACCCAGCACAUAUUCUUGCUACCAUCCCGGCUAAAGCAACAGUCUUUGGAUCGGUGGAUCUCCAACAUGCCUUUUUCUCGAUUCCUUUACAUCCGGACUGUCAGUACCUGUUUGCAUUCACCUAUAAUGGACAACAGUACACAUGGACCAGAUUGCCACAGGGCUUUGUAAACUCACCGACCCUAUUUUCUCGUUGUCUGCAGCAGCAAUUACAAAACCUGCAGUUACCUGAGGGGUCUGCAUUGAUCCAGUACGUCGAUGACCUUUUAGUGGCCAGUGAAACGGAGGAGCAGAAUAGGGAAGCUAUAAUUUUGUUGUUGAACUUUGUAAAGACAUUGGGGUACGUUGUGUCCCCCUCCAAAGUACAUGUUGGACAAAAGGAGGUGAAAUUCCUCGGAGUCAUAAUCUCGGCAGAAGGCCGUCGGUUGGACGAGAGCCGCACAGACCCCAUUUACAGAACAGCCCCCCCCACGUCAGCCAGGGGAAUGCGACAGUGGCUGGGAAUGAUCAACUACUGCCGUCAGUGGAUUCCGAAUGUGGCCCUGGACAUAAAGCACCUGACCCCUUACACCAGUGAGGAAAGUACCUUUGUAUUGUCAGGUGAAGCCUUGACAGCGUUCAAUAAUCUAAGAGAGGCCCUGCAGAAGGCUCCUGCGCUGGGGCGACCCCUGUAUGAUAGACCUUUUCAGCUCUAUUGUACCGUCCUGGGUGAAUGUGCCACUGCGGUUUUGACCCAGCUGCAUGGGGAUAAGCACCGACCAGUGGCGUAUUAUUCAUCCAAGUUGGACCCUGUGGCACUGGGGUAUCCCCAUUGUACACAGGUUUUAACAGCGGUAUACAAUAGUCUUCAGUCGGCCGCCAACCUGACUCUCCAGCAGGACAUUACCGUAUAUUCCUCCCACUCUGUGACCGCCCUACUGGGACAACUCCAGACCCAGCAUUUGACCUCAGCCAGACAAAAUAAAUAUGAGAUCUACCUGUUGAAUAAUCCCAAGCUACAGUUCCGGCACUGCACCACUAUCAACCCUGCUGCGUUUCUCUGCUCUCCUCCUGAUCUCCUCGCUCCAUGCGACCAUAACUGCUUGGAGGCUAUUCUCGCGGAUACCAGUCCGUGCCCUGACCUUAGCGAUCAACCUCUAGCCUCUCCAGAUUUGAUCCUCUAUACUGAUGGAAGUUCGUCCAUCAACGAGCAGGGACGCCGACUGUCAGGCUUUGCGGUAGUUAAGCAAGAUGGAACCUUGCUGGAUUGUGGCAGUUUUGACCCUCCGUUUUCAGCUCAGCAGGCCGAGUUGUUUGCCCUCACCCGAGCCUGUGUCCUCACAGAGGGGCACUCCGUCAAUAUUUACACCGACUCCCGAUACGCAUUUGGAGUCGUUCACGAUUUCGGACAGUUAUGGAAAAACAGGGGAUUCCUCACCUCGACGGGCCAUAAGAUUGCCAAUCAGAUCCUGGUCUCUGACCUGUUGAAUGCUAUCCUCCUGCCCUCUGCGGUAGCCGUAAUCAAAUGUGCGGCCCACACGACAGGAGAUUCCCCAGUCCAAAUCGGUAACAUGUUGGCUGACGAUGCGGCUAAGUGUGCUUCACGCGGUAGAUUUAAAGUGGUGGGUAGUAUGAUGAGGCAGGUGAAAAGCCUUUAUAUGGGCUCGUCUGAAUCUGAGAAACCUAUGCCAACCAUAAAUGAUGUAUUGCUCUUACAGGGGGACGCCUCUGCUAAUGUUAUAAUGGAAUGGGAACAGCUGGGCUGUCGGAAGGCUGACUCUGGAUUGUGGCUCACGCCGGCCGGACAGACCUGUAUGACAGACCAGUUAGCGACCUGGGUCGUUGAUUGCCCACAGUUAGCCACUCACUGUGGGGCCACCUUGCUAGUAGACGCUCUCUUACAGGCAUGGUGGCAUCCUCGACUUAAGGUUUUGGCAGCCCAAACUAGUGCACGGUGCCUCACCUGUGCUACACACAACCCUGGUAAAGGAGUUGUCUGCCAGACGGGUCGUACUCCAUUACCUACUGCUCCGUUUGAAACCUUGCAGAUGGAUUUUAUUGAUUUGCCUAAGUGUCAGUGUUAUAAACAUGUACUUGUUAUUGUUGAUGUGUUUUCUAGGUGGAUUGAAGCCUUUCCAACCACUGAUUGCACUGCCUCUACGGUGGUGUCUAUUUUAUUACGGCAGGUUGUUCCUCGUUUCGGGGUUCCAAACACCAUCAGUUCGGAUAACGGCCCUCACUUCAUUGCCGCUAUCAAUAAAGAAUUGUACAGACAGCUGGGCGUAACCCAGCGGCUACAUUGUGCUUAUCGCCCACAAGCUGCAGGAAUGGUGGAACGCUUGAACCAGACCCUGAAGACCAAGCUUGCCAAGCUGGUGGACCAAUCAGGCUCCACCUGGGUUAAAAUGUUGCCUGUUGCUUUGUUCCAGAUCAGAGUCCUUCCAGCAGGGAAGACAAAGUUGUCUCCUGCAGAGAUCAUCUAUGGCUGACCUCUGCGCACCCCUUGGACAGACAUUAUCCCGGCCACAAUGACGUUGCAUCACAUGACGGAGGAGAUGGUCUCUUACGUCCUUGCCCUUACAAGGGCCCUGCGUGAGAUUCAUGGGGAGGUCAAGGCCGCUUAUGUGGGCGACAUAGAUUUUCCCGUUAAUGGACGGAUCACCCCGGGUUCUUAUGUGUUGAUUAAGAAUUGGGUUCGUAAGGACACCCUUUCUCCUCGAUGGUUGGGCCCCUUCCAGGUUCUCCUCACCACCCCCACCGCGGUAAAGGUAGAAGGACGAUCGGCAUGGGUGCAUCUGCACCAUUGCAAAGUGGUUGGUGACACCAAGCAAAGGGGGGAGGUUGAGGUCAGGGAGGGGGAUCCAGUCCACGGAAAGCAGGGCACGAAUUAAUUUUGCCAUGAAAUUGCACGUUCUUUUUUUCCCUCCCUUGUCUUCACAGAUACGAAAUAAAUCGCUGAGAUGAGGGUCUUCGUGGCAUUAAUAUGUGUGGCGACCACUGCAGGGUUAAUCGGUUUCGGCUGGAAAUGGACAAAGACUGAAUACGGACGGAACAAACGAGGAAAGAGAGGGGAACGAGAAAACUCCAAUUUAUUCAUCCAGGCACACAACGAGCUAUUCGGGAAGGGGCAGGUGGUUUGUUAUCCACAAAUGACAUCAGUUACCUCCCUGUUUACCCCAUCCCCUGCAUGGGGCAGAACUGAACGACUGGUGAAGUGCCAGGAAAAAAAAACGGUCCCUGUUAAACCCGUCAGCAUCAACUAUGAUAGGCUUCUCGCUCCACCGGCCAACUGCUUACCGCUCCCUAAGAACAAUAACCACUCCUACGACAUUUGCUACAAUGGAUCUAGGACUGCGUCAAGAGCGCCGGCUAGGCCAUGUAACUUCACCACCAAUAAUGACAACAGGCAAUAUGAAAAUUGUUUUAGUAACCAAGGACACGGGUGUAUAGUCAUAAAUGUUAAAAAUAACCUCACUUGCGCUCUGCAAGGGCCCGUUCACGGCUCCACAUGUAACCUUACCUAUAAUGGAGUCCAAUGUCAGGUGUCUAAGGACUGUAUCCCUGUAAAUGCUGGAUUUCAGUUGUUGUGUGGAUGGGCCAACGGGACCCAUCUGACAGUAGGAUCCCAUCACCUGCCAAUCCCCAGUUAUAGCAAUGGGAUCAGUGAAGCGUGGAGGGACUGGUCUGGAGGGGGAGAAGUCAUUAAUACCCGAAGGGGCUGUAAUGGAUAAUUAUAUACGGAGGAAGGAUAUUACUUUUUCUUUAAUGGGAAAGGAACCAAUGUCCUAAAACCCCCUUUCCCCAAGAAUGUGGCAGUUGGAGCAUUGGUGCCAACCACGGUACCUUGUCCCGAGCAAUGGACUAAACCCAUGGCUCGGGUUCGUCGAAGGACAGUGUCAGCCGAGUUUUGCGCGCAAUGGAGAAAUCCAGGGGUUAGGGGAGCUACCCACGGACAUGCCAUUGGAUGGGGAUUAUUAAGCAUGCUAACCAUGGGAGGAGUGGGUGGAGGUGAAGCAGCCAAAAACCGAAAUUACCUUGUUUGUGGCCUGACAAUUCUGGGCAAUGCAACAACUGGAGCCUUGGAGGCAGUAAAAACCCAGAUGGCCGAAAUGAGGAUGUUUUCCCUACAAAAUAGAUAUGCGCUCGAUUACUUAUUGGCUAGAGAAGGGGGGACCUGUACCGUCAUAAAAGGGAAAUGUAUGAUGGGGGUUCAAGACCGGACUAGCAACAUCACACAACACCAGAAAGAGAUUACCACCUUUUUGGAUGGAAUAAAUGAAAACCAGGGAUGGGGGAAUUGGGGAUUAGGGGGAGUAUACAACUGGAUCAUCAGCAUUGCCAUCUAUGCUGCUAUAGUAGUUACUUGCUUAUUUGUGGGGAUUGCUAUUGUAAAGUGUAUCAUAGCCCGAUUAAUGGUGGCUUUAUCGGGUUUGGGGACCACCCCCGAGGAAACUAAAACUUCUGUACGAAUGAUGAUGUUACAGCGUGAGCAGGAGAGACUGUUAUCAUUCCCCAACGACAGCGAAAACGAUGAAGUGAGUGAGGAAGGAGAAUUAGGGGACAAAGGUCAGACGGUCCAAGAAGCCUUGGCCAGGGAACUAAAAGGUUACGAGAUUCGGCGAAUGGGACUUUUAAAUGGACUAUGAGUGUUGCCAUAAGAAUGGCAAAAGGGGGGAAUGAUGAAUAGAAAUUCUGAAUCAAUGUUAUAAGAUUGUUCUGAAAGACAAAAUGGUUGGCCAGGUAGACUGAAACAAAGGACAUAAGAUGGCUGCUGACCAGACUUGCUGGAACCGGCUGUUAGAAUGGAUACACAAUGUCUUGCAGUUACUGUGUAGUCAUGAAUAAAGGAUCACAGGCCCAGUCUGACAAGAUUGAGGAAUACACAACCUCCCCCCCUAGCCAGGAAGACUGAGGAAUGUACUGGUCUGAGAUUAUGUGUGGUUCCUCUUUCAUCCCCUUAUAUGUACAUACUUGGUUUCCUGUAUUCUUCGUACGUGUUGGUUCUUUGAUCGGGGGGAAUGUGGGAGGUGCUAAACGGUGGCAUUAACAUAUAAAGAGCCUUGCAAUUAAGAGCAGGCAGCUUGACUCUUUGCCAGGUUGUAACCUGUGUGGAGACUCCUGCUCAAUAAAACGUACGUUUUAAAGCAACCCUGGUGCCU